CAUGGCGCAGCCCACAAGGCCUGGAAACGAUGAAAGGGGAUGGAAUGAUCCUCCCAUGUUUCUCCACACUAAUGACGGUGUUCAACCAAGUAGCACACAAAAAAGAACUUUGCUCAAUAAACGCGUUGCAUAUCCGGGGAUAACUAAAGUAUCUGACAUUGAUCCUGUGACUAAACUUCAAUCAACAGAACCACAAAUGAAUGUCGUUUUGCAUCCUCCAGCAUCAACAACAGCUCUACCAGCAAGUGUUUCCCCUGCAGCUGUUCUUGUACCAUCAUUUAGCCCUACAGAAACAAAAGGACCAUCAUUACUAAAUUCUGGUCUUGUUGUUUCUUCUCCUCCUCCAGAAUGUGCCACGAAAUCUCAAGUAACUGUUCCAGACUUUGAGGAUGACGUUCAGAAAUACAAUUACAUAACAUCAACUUUGCAACGCUUUGUUAAUGAUUGUGUAGCUAAGGGUAAAUCGAUGGAUGAAGUUUCGAAACGAUUAAUUACUAUGCAAACCAUGUGGAAAAGUGAUAGAUUAUCUGUAGAUGUUAAAGAUCUAAUGGCAAAAUUAACAGCCGCUCUAUGCUGCCAUAAAUAUGAAAUAGCAGAAAGCGUACACUUAACUUUAAUGAUGGACCAUGUCUCUGAAGUAAAUCAGUGGAUGGUUGGGAUCAAAAAACUGAUUCAGGAGUCAAAGUCAUUGAAUGAAGAUACAUCACGGACUGAUUAA